AUGUCUAAUGCACAAGAAAAACGUGUAUUAUCUGCAUGCGUUACUUUAUUAAAAAAAGAACCUUUGGGAACAUUAUUUGUUUAUAAUAAUGAAAAAACAACAUAUGGUUUUAUUGGAGAAAGUUGGUAUGAAUUAACAGAAAGUGGCUGGAAAUCGGUAAUUGAUAAUGAAAACCUUAAACAACAAUUUGUUCAUUCUACAUUCAAAG